AUGCCUCCUGCGUCAGCUCCCAGUUUUUGCCCUGAAUCUUGUGGAUCGGAGAUGAUGGAAGGGCAGCGAGACCUUGUCGGAUUGCUUCCGGAUAAGAGCUACGAUCACCAUAUGUACAUCUCUCGGAAGGGUUCUGGAACUCUACCCUUCCAGACUCUGGAGGAAAUCAUUUUGUCAUCGCCAUUAUUUCCCUGUGUUGCCCCUGUGGGGAGAGGGCUAGUGUUGAACAAAAAGGACCGUUUCUACCUCGCAAAGGAAUUUGCACACAGCGUUCUCAAAUUUCAAGGAAGCUGGCUUUGUGCAAACUGGAGCAUCCACGAUAUCAUGCUACCCAAAGAGUUUGGAAAGAGUUUUUAUCCGAUUGACCGACCAUUCUUGAUGUGGAAUGUCUUAACCCACCCAGAGGCGACGACCAGCCAUACACCCUCUUCAGUCAUUCGCCAUGAGACUCUCUUUCCCUUGGGACUGGCUCUUAUUGAACUAUCACUGGGCCGUACUAUUACUGCCCUAAGGAUUCCCGAAGAUGAAAACCCUGACGAGAAAGUGGCACUUCUGAAGACUGCCAAUCGUUGUAUCGACUUUGUUUAUGGAGAGAGUGGUACAAUAUACGGCGAUGUGGUCCAGCAGUGCUUGUUCUGA